AUGAAGUACUCUGCUGUUCUUUCUGCUCUUUGCUCUGCCACUGUUGUGCUCGGUCACGGACUCGUUUCUCAGAUUGAGAUUGGGGGUACCCUUUAUGACAACUACUCGCCCUAUGUUGAUCCUUACUUGAACCCUGCGGUGGAGCGCAUUGGUUGGACUACUGAGAGCAACGGUCCCGUUGAGGAUGUCUCCAGCGCCGGUAUUGUUUGCAACACUGGCUCUACCGCUGGUGCCCUUAGCGCCACUACCGCCGCUGGCUCAGCUGUCAAGUUCUUCUGGACCGUCUGGGCCGAAUCCCACAGGGGUCCCACCAUGACCUACCUCGCAAAGUGCCCGGGCACUGACUGCACCACCGCGGACCCCACCACUCUCGAUUGGUUCAAGAUCGACGAGGCGGGUCUCAAUAGCGACGGCACCUGGGCCUCCGACACCCUCAUUGCCAACAACAACACCUGGACCGUCACCAUCCCGUCAGACAUUGCCUCUGGCCCGUACUUGAUGCGCCAUGAGCUCUUGGCCCUCCACGCGGCGGAGAACACCAACGGUGCCCAGUUCUACCCCAUGUGCGCCAACCUGAUCGUCACUGGUUCUGGCAGCGCUGUUCCCUCGGACACCGUCAAGUUCCCGGGUGGAUACACUUCCAGCGACCCGGGUAUCCUGAUCAACAUCUACUACCCCGUCCCAACUAGCUACACCAUCCCCGGCCCGGCCGUGUAUGUUCCUGGCGGAGCUAGCGCCUCCACUUCAGUUGCUGCCACCACCUCUGCUGCUGCCGCUACAUCAGUUGCUGCCACCGAGAUUGCUGCCACUUCUGAAGUUGCUGCCACCUCAGUUGCUGAAACCACCCCAGUCGCCGCUAUCCCCACCACUGUGUUGGCCAGCUCAACCUUCAUUGGCACCGGCUUCGUUGGCACCGGCCCCGCCAGCCUCCCUACCUACGUCCCAUCCGUCAGACCCCCUUUCUCCAACAGCACCCGCACCAUCACCCGCAGCCGUGGUCCCACUUCCAGCGCUCUUCUUGACGCUACCCACACUGUCAGCGUUCUCCCGGUUCAGGAGACUGACCCCGCCGAUGUUGCCACUGAGAUCGUCUACGUGACUGCACCCGCUACUACUGCCGCUCCCGCGACCACUAUCACUGAGACUCAGACCUCAACCAUUGAGAAGACCGUCAUCUUGACUUUCACUGCGUCCGCCAUCGAGACCGUUACUGUCACUGAGCACAGGCCUGAGUGCACUGCGACCGGCAGACACAGGAGGGGAACUUACUUUGUUUAA